ACACUUCAUACCGAUGGCUGGUCAGCUUCAAAUUUCCACCACUUCCAAGGGUUCUCAAUAACUGCGGAGCGACGAUCUCUUCCAGUUUCUCUCAAAGACACUACGGCAGAGCGCAAGACUGCGGAACUACUACUGGUUCAUAUCCGAGCUGUGAUUCGGGAAGUCACCAACAACACAUCAGCUAGCUGGAGAGCACGCCUUAUAGCCUUUGUCACAGAUAAUAGUGGCAAGUCUUUAUCUGCUCGCAACACCAUUGCUGUGGAGUUUCCAGGAAUUCUGUGCUUUCCCUGCUACGCCCACCAGAUUAAUCUCAUUGUCAGAGAUUAUCUGAACAAAUGCGGGGCACAAUUUUUGGCACAGGCAAGAAUGGCCGAUCAGCUCAUCACAUGGUUUCGUAGCCACCCCCGCAUCCUUGGCCUGCUACAGGAAGUUCAACUGCGCACACGCCAUAGAACUCUUACCAUUAUACGAGCUGUCAUCACUCGUUGGAUCGCACACUAUCUUGCAUAUCGCCAUCUUCUGGAAGUCCGGAACGGUUUUCAAAUCCUUUUGAAAGAGGACGAGAACCGAUCUGAAAGUCUACUCAUUACUGGCAAACCUGAGGCAAGGGCAAAAGCAGAACAAAUGAUCAAGCUUAUAGAAACAGGCUACUUCUGGCACUCUCUGGCACGUGCGAAAAGCCAUCUUGGACCGCUUGCACAAGCUGCGAACAUUCUUCAGGCAUCAUCAACCCGCCUUGACCAUGUCCCUCUAGUCUUCGGCAUGCUGUAUCAUCACUUUAACUCCCUUCGCUCAAUAGAAGGAGCUGACGCAGACAACAACACGGCCUGCAGGACUAUUAUUUCCAGUGUCGAAAAGCACUGGAAGGCUGCAGAUCAGGAUAUCUUCAUUGCUGCUAUUAUUCUCCAUCCUGGGUUAAAGUUUCAUCCAUUUAACCCUGGGGAGUUCAGCUUUGCAGAUAUUUUUAUGCUGAUGCAGCGUGUCUAUCUACGCCUUUUUCCUGCUGCUACAGCUCCUCCUCUCACUUUGGAGCAAAAUCUUUGGUCAUAUUUAGAGGACACUGGGCAAUUCAAGGGUAUGGCCAGUCUUUGGACUACUAGACAAGCAGCUAGCAGCACAGAAGCAGCAACCUACUCAGUAAGCCAUGUUCUAUUGUUUCCUGCAAUUGAAUUCAGCUUAGCUAAUUUAUAUUGCUACCAGGACCAGCUCUCGGGAGACGAUCCUUUGUGA